AUGUUUUGGAAAAAGCGGCAAGGAGGCAUUCUGCUUAUUGAAAAGCCAUUGUCUGCUGAUAAAUCACCAAGCUCAUCUAGCAAUCUCGCUACUUUAUUUCGCUUGAAAAGUAGAAAAUCCUCUUCUAUUAGGUUAGCUUUGCUAACAUUAUUGAUAGUUUUGAGUACUUGGCUUUACUUUAUAUCGUUAACCUUUCAAUUAGACCUAAUCGAAACUGGACAAGAUACUUUGUUUGAAGAAUUGAAAUUGGCUAACUAUAACCCACUAUUUGGUGAAUACCUAAGAGAUUUAUUGCCCUCUCCUCAUAAGAACUUUAAUGUAUCUGAUUAUUUUAUCCAUUCCGAAAAUUAUGAACCUCUACUUCAAAGGUAUGGUUUAGCAACAAUGUUAAGUGAAUUAUCAUUUCAAGAAAGGUGUGAUUUAUACUUUAGUGAAUUAUACAGCAAUGAACCGAAUUGGAAACUUAACCCAAAUCUUGAGUUCAUUAAUGAUGUUGAGCAAAUAAAGAGCUUUACUGUUUUUAGGAUGGAUCAUGUCAUAUAUGAUUCGAGAGAACUCGGUAUAGAUCCAUCUGAACUUCACUUUUCUGAGGAGAAGGAGGAAGAAAUCAGGCAAAAAUAUAGCAAGCGACUUGAAAAAACAAGACAAGAUGAACAAUCUCUUCACAGUCAUUUAACACAUUUUAAAGUAUUCAAUAAGUGCUUUCUUACUUCGAAUCAACCAAGAGUUAGAAAAGAAGUAAAAGAAUUUGAGAAGGUCCAGAGGGAAGCUUUAAAGUCCAUUGACUUGGAAACUUCACCGCAAAUUGCUGAAAUUAUGCAUAGUGCUCCUAAGCAGAAUUUUUCUUCUUGUUCGGAUCUAGAAAAAAGGGUUUACCCCUGGUUAACAGGUAAACUUCCUAAAUACAUUCGUUGGGAUGGAAGAAUCUUCGACGGGGAAAUUCCGAAAAUGUGCAAAUUCAUUGGAGAAGAUUGUUCAAGUCCUCCUUACGAACCAAUAGUCGAAUCUUCAUUGACUGGUAACACAGCGUGCUUUUUGAAUGAAAUGAGACAACAAUUAAAUGGAAAAGGUAUUGCUUUGACCAUAGAAGAUCGUCACGUUGAAAUUACAAUUCGUUUAAUUAGACUCUUAAGAUUCUACGGUAAUACUCUUCCUAUCCAAAUUGUAUAUAUCAAGGGUGUUUCGGAAGAGUCUAGAAAUCAAUUGAUCAAAGCUGCAAGGUCCCCGUUUACUGAUUCACAUGGAAAUAAAUUAGUUGAACAAGAAUUAUGGUUUGUCGAUGUUUCUCAAGUGAUGUACAGUAGGUAUUACAAAAAGUUCAGUAGAUUUGGAAAUAAAAUAUUGGCCACAUUAUUUAACUCAUUUGAGGAGCUAAUGCUUAUUGAUUCUGAUACUGUCUUGUUUCAAUCACCAGAAUAUUUUUUCAAUUUAGAUCAAUAUAAGAAAUUCGGUGCAUUCUUCUACAGAGAUAGAAGUGCUGAAUUUCGGGGUAAGAGUGAUGCAAUGUUCUUUCGUAAGAUGAUGCCUUCCUUGCUUGACACCGCUAUUUUUGAUAUUCCUCAGGUGACAAACUAUACCCUUGAUAGAGAGCUUUUUAAUGGAUUAACUCACUAUACAGAAAGUGGAUUAGUCAUGAUCAAUAGGAAGCGCCAUUUCCUCCAAGCAUUGACCAUGGCUCAGAUUAGUUUCAUGGCACCAGUACAAAAAAGGGUGUAUGGGGAUAAAGAACUAUUUUUUUUGUCCUUAACAAUAUAUGGUGAAGAAUCUUACGAUUUCAAUAAGCAUUUUGCUGCGUCUAUUGGAGUUGCAACUCCCCUCGAGGAAAGACUUCAGGAAGUGAAACAAGAUAUAAAGAACUCCAAUCGAAAUUAUGUCAAAAAAACCUUUGAGUCCAAAGAGAUAUGCUCUAACCACCCAGCUCAUAUUAAUGAUGCCGACAAUCACACUUUACUUUGGAUAAACUCCGGUUUCAAACAUUGUGGCCAAUCUGCCCUAGUGAAUUACAACGAUGAGUUUAGGCACAAAAAUAGGUACUCGAAGUAUGACACAUUGGAGAAAUUCAAAGAACUUUUCAAUCUGAAAUUGGAGAUAAAAGAAGCAAUAAUUCCUCCUUUUGACGUAAAAUUGGGGUUGGAAGCUCAUAAUGAUGACUUUGAACCUGUAAAGGCAUGGAACAAGUUACAGCACAGCUGCACGGGUUAUACUUGGUGUGCGUAUUCCCUGAUUGGUGGCGAUUUUAAUGAUUUUCAUGACAAGAAGACGAAAAAUAAUUUCCAGCUGGGAAUAUAUGUCCAAUUUACAGACGACGAAACUAAUAGGUUUAACGAACUUGGAGAUAUAUGGAUGAGUGAUUUUGAUUUUAGGAGUGAAAGACAGAUAUACAACGACAAGAUAAAUGAGAUAACAGACAAAAUUUUGUCUUGGGGAUUAUUAUUUUUUACAUUAUAUGCUGCAUACAAAAUAGUGACACUAACUUACCUAAAUUGGAAGCUAAUCACUUAUUACGUACUACAAGUUGGAGCCUUUGCCCAUGAUUUAAUUAAAUGGGGGAUCGCAAAAUUAUACCUAUAUUGCAUUUUAGAAUUAAUCUUGGACAAGACAAUUGACUUUUUGGUGCUUUUAAGAAGUAAAGUACCGCAGGAGAAAGAUCAGGAGGUAUAG